ACUUUCGUUUCCGCAGACACUCCGCCUCUUGUGACUGAACUGUACCAGGAAACACUCGGCUCAGAAGUGAACAGCCCGUCACACACUUGCUGGACUUAAUGUUACCCUCAGAGGAGCCUCAAAGAAAGAUGUCAGCCAUCAUCACUGCCUUCCUUCUGACUCUUUCUACACUUUGCCAACCCACAGUGGUAUUGGGAUUCCUCAACGGACCCACAAAUGUCAACUUGACCUCCUACAACAUGAACCUGGUGCUAAGGUGGAAUCCAUCUAAAGGGGCAGCCAACAACCUGGUCUACAGAACGGAGUACAAAACUUCAGUCACAACCUACACAACAGGGUGUGUGAACAUCUCCACCCUUGAAUGUGACUUCACUCGCCUCAUCCAUCCAUCCAUCACUGAGAAUGGAAAGUAUACUGGCAGAGUGCGGGCGCAAUUGGGGUCAGAGAGUUCUGCCUGGGUGGAAAGUAACCACAUUACCUUGGACAAAGACACCAUCAUUGGUUCACCCAAUGUCUCUCUUUUGUCUAAUGGGGCCGCUAUCGAAGUCAGCAUUAAAGACCCAGUGAUGGUGAUCUCAACACUCAGGAAUGUUUACAAUUUUGCCACUUACGAAAUCACCUACUGGAAGGACAGCCAGAAAGACAAGGCCAAACCCAUUAGCGAUAUACAACAAAACCGAGUGGUUCUGAAUGACCUGGACCCAUGGACCAAGUACUGUGUUCAAGUCCAAAUCAAAAUAUUAAGGAACACCAACCCCAGUAAGCUCAGCAGAAUUGUCUGUGAAAGUACCACCAAUGAACGAGAACCGCCUUGGGUGGCAGCAAUGCUGACAUUUGUCUUCAUGGCAAUAGCAGUGGCUCUGGUUGUGAUUGUGGUGGUGUAUCGGAAAAGUAUAUCCCACUUUCUUUGUCCAACAGAUACACUGCCUCAGCACUUCAAAGAGUAUCUGCUGGCACCGCCCAACUCCAACAUCUACUUGGUCAUGCAGAAUUCCCACCCACCCGAGGAGAUCUAUCACAAAGUCCGAAUCAUCGAAGAUGACAGGACUGUGGAGGAAAGAGGCCCUCUGGUGGUAGAAAUGACUGCCAGCAACAAACAGUCUGAUGUCACAACGUAAAUUAUCAGAAGGGGUGACUUUAAAGCCACUGAGAAACAGUGAAAUAUCCUGCCCUUGCUUCACUUCAGAGUUAUAAUGCAACAAACGCUGCUACAGCGUCAUAUUAUUCCUCAACCCAGGUGUUACUGUGAAUGAUUGUAUGAGAGAGUCACAGAGACAUACAGGAUUGAUAGGCCAUGCAGGUGAUGUUAUUUGUGCACUAAUACUGCUCACAGAGGUGUUGUAGUAUGCCCCAUUUCAGCUUCCCACACUGAAGUAUUUAUUCAUUAUUUAGUGGUGUUACAUGAUGCCCAGCCGCCAUUCUCUGUGUUUUGUAUUUUCAAAAUAUGGACUUAAAAGUGUGAAUUUCUAGAAUUUCUAGUGUUGGAUGUCUCUCUGUGUCUCAAUAAUGUUGUGUUGAUUGGGGCCUAUCGCCCCCGUCUGCUAACUCAAAUGCAUUGGAAAAAUUGGUUAAUCUUUUAUCUGGCUAUGAGACCUCUAUUGGGUGAUCUUAACCUCGACUGGCUAUCAUCCACCUCUGAAGGGCAAAGAAAUCAUUGCAUCGAACUGAAUUUAACUCAACUCAUCUCUUCACCCACUAGGUCAGACACCAGAAAUCUGGAAAAGGGGACUCUCAUUGAUAUAAUCAACCAACAAACCCCACACAUAUAUACAUAGUGGUGUGUUUGCCUUAGACCUGAGUGACCAUUGUCUAAUAUUUUGUAUUAGAGACUCAAGCCAAAAAAAGAUUCCACCACGUGUUAUUGUAAAGAGGGAUUUCAAACACUUUGUUGAGCAGGCUUUCCUACAUGAUUUGUUUAUUUGUGACAUCAACAGAUUAUGCUCCAUUCCUGAACCGGUAUUAGCCCUAAGUUGUUUUACAAAUGUUUUUAAUUCCUUAGCAAAUAAGCAUGCUCCCUUUAAAAAAUAUUGAGUAAAAAGCAGAACUAUCCCCUGGUUUUCACCAGAAAUCUCUGAGUUGUUGAAGUUAAGGGAUUUGGCAUGGGUAAAAGCACGGAGCUCAAAGACCCCAACGGAUUGGCAAAAUCUCCAACAGUUGAGAAAUAAAUGUGUCAGGGCAAUAAGAAAUGCCUGUACCCUUUAGUUUAUAGUUUAUAAUCUAAUAUUUGGAACACACAGAAGAUCUCUGCCUGAGGAUCUCAAUGUACAGUACAUGACGGCUCGUAAAAUACUAAAAGAUCUGAUAUGUAGCUGGGAGAAAGGCCAUGGAGAGAGAAAAAAUCAGUAAAAACUUAAUAUCAAUUGUAAAACAUAAAGACGCUAGAACAGGAGUAAUGUGGUCAUGUUUUUUGGUUCUGGUUAAAAGCCUGGCAGCUGAGUUCUGUGGAGUCAGGAGUCGAUCAAUAGAUUUUGGGGUUAGGGAAGUAAAAUAGUCAAGGCGUGAUGAAAUAAAAGCAUGUAAAAUCGUCUGUGUCUUUAAAAGUUAAAGUUUAUAAAAUUUUAGAAAUAUUUCAGGGGGUUGAUAAAAACAUGAUUGUACCAGCUUUGUUGUGUGCUGUUAAAGGUUAAUUUGCUGUCAAACCAGACGCCAAGGUUCUUUGCAGCAGGUUUGAUGUGAUCCAAUAAAAGACCAGCAGAUGGCAGUAUGUACCUGGGCAUGUGCUCAGGUCCAAUUAAAAUCAUCUGACAGAAGACAGUUGUUUAGAGAACUCAACAUACCAGGGUCUGUGGGUCUAACACGGUACUACUGCGUGUCAUCAGCAUAAAAAUGAAAUGAAACACCUUGCUUGUUUAUGAUGUGACCCAAGGGGAGCAUGCAUAAGGAAAAUAAAAUUGGAUCCCAAAACUGACCCCUGGGGAACACCAUACUUCACAUCAGAAAAAAAUAUUAUUUUCAGAGACACAGAACCUUAUGUUUGUGAGGUAAAAUUUAUACCAAUCUAAAACCAUAACAGAAACCCCUACCUAGUGCCUCAGUGUGUCCAAUAAAAUGUAGUGGUCUAUGGUGUCAAAGGUUGCACUCAGGUCCAGCAGUACAAGGACUGAGCACAUGUUGGUAACUUUGAAAUUGGCCUAUAAUUCUGAGGGAGGGAGGGAUCUAGUCCAGGUUUUUAACAGCAGUAUAGUCAGGGACAGAACCAUUGGACAGAGAACUUCUCACAGUCUGCAUCAUUAUUAACUGGGGCACAUGGAGGAGGUAGAUUAACCAACUGAUCGACCGUCAGUCAAAUAAACAUCUAGGGUUGUGUUGGUGGGUAGAAAUCAGUUCAGAGAAAUAGUAUGUUCCUUAACCAUAUUGUUGUGUUGUAAUAAAAAUUCCUUCAUGAUAUUGUAAUGAA